UCAGGAGUGUUAACCUCUUUACCUGUUAACCUUACCUUUCUGAGCACUUGGAGAAACCUUUUUUUGCCGGCAUUCUGCCCUCUGUGUCUGCGGAGACAUCAAACUCAGGCAAACUUUCUGUACGCCAGCUGGGUUAUUUCAGGAUUAUCACCUAAGACGUCUGCGUUUCUCGGUCUAGUGUGCACAGGUGUUGUUAGAGUGAAAACUUCUGAGAAAAUUCCCUUCAAUGGAUAAUGACGUAAAGAGGAGAGAAGAACAUUCCUGAAACAAUUGGACAUGACUUGAAAACCAGAACCUCCUGAGUAGGAGAGACAAUGGCUCAGACGGCUAGUUCCACCUGGAAGCGUCGGAGCCUGAAUCUGCAGGGAGUGGAUCCAGAGACAUGCACAAUAGUCUUCAAGAACCACUGGAUUCAGGUACAGCGGAUUUUAGAGAAACAUGAUCCUUUUAAGAAUUUUCAAGUCAAAUUUGGAGAUAUCACUCCAGACGAAGUCAGUGCGGUACAAAAUUAUGUGGAACACAUGCUGCUACUAUUGAUUGAAGAGCAAGUGAAAGAUGAAGCAAUGGGUCCCAUCUUGGAGUUUGUGGUCUCUGAGAAUAUUAUGGAGAAACUAUUUCUGUGGAGUCUAAGGAGAGAAUUCAAUGACGAGACAAAAUUUGAACAGUUGAAGAUGUACGAAUUACUUGUUACUCAGUCUCACCAACCAUUGCUACAUCAUAAGCCCAUCUUGAAGCCACUGAUGAUGCUGCUCAGUGCCUGCUCUGGGACAUCAACCCCAAGUGUGGAGAUGGAGCUUGUUGUUCUUCUCAACCAGUUGUGUUCCAUCCUAGCCAAAGAUCCAUCUAUCUUGGAACUCUUCUUCCACACUAGUGAAGAUCAAGGAGCAGCCAACUUCCUCAUCUUUUCCCUGCUGAUACCAUUCAUACAUCGAGAGGGCACAGUUGGGCAGCAGGCACGGGAUGCCUUGCUUUUUAUCAUGUCUCUGUCAGCUGAAAAUAAUGUUGUAGCUAAACAUAUAGUGGAGACCACAUACUUCUGCCCGGUGCUAGCAACAGGACUAAGUGGCCUAUAUUCCACCUUGCCUACGAAGCUGGUUGCCAGAGGGGAGGAAUGGCACUGUCUAGUUAAGGAGGAUUGGCUUCAGAUACCGGCACUCAUUCAGUUUCUGAAUUCGCUGGAAUUCUGCAAUGCAGUCAUACAGGUGGCUCAUCCUCUUAUACGUGCCCAACUUGUAGACUACAUUUAUCAUGGCUUCCUGUUACCGGUGAUGGCUCCAGCGUUGCAUAAGGUCACUGUGGAGGAGGUGAUGACUACUACAGCCUAUCUGGACUUAUUUCUACGAAGUGUCUCGGAGCCAACAUUACUGAAGAUCUUCCUUCGUUUUGUUCUCAUCUACGAACACGAGCAAGUCCAUAUAUUGGAUACACUAGUUAGCCGAAUCAACACUCCAUUUCGGCUUUGUGUGGUGUCCUUGGCAUUGUUCCGAACACUGAUUGGUUUACAUUGUGAAGAUGUCAUGUUACAACUGGUUUUAAGAUAUUUAAUCCCCUGCAACCAUAUGAUGGUCAGUCAGCGAUGGGCUGUCAAAGAGACAGACUGUUAUUCUUCUUCCGCAGCCCGCUUUUUGGCCUUAACUCCAGAGUGCUGUUCUAGCAGUAUAUACACCAUCUCUGAAUACAAAGACAUAAAUCAUAAAUCGAAUAUCAUACAGAAAACAGAGCAUUUGACUGUCGGGGAGACAGAAGAUUCAGUGGAUGCCAGCUACCUUGAUUACCUGUGGGAAGCUCACGAGAACAUCCUUCAGUGUGUAGAAGACUGCAAGGUCUGGUCAGCACCGUAUGACGGUGAAAACCCGGAUCCAGACUCCUCAUUUCAAGCUUUGCUUGAGAGCAGCUUGAGGAGAGGUGAAUUCCCCACAUUUAGACGUACAAACAGAACACACAUGGGUUCCGUUUCUUCAGAGACACCUUCUCUGAGUGGAAGGAUGCAGAUAGAUCUUGAGUGGGAUGACAGCUAUGAUACUGGAAUGUCUCCCGACUCAGGAAAUUGUUCACCACAACCUCCGGCAGAGCUGAGUAAUUCUGUUUUGCCACCGGAACCCCCAUUGCACAUUCAAGAGAUGAAAAAGAAUACACUAAUGCUUAUUAAGGGGUCUUAUAUUGAAGAUUCAGAUUUUCAGGAUGACGUGAUGGUCUAUAGGUUAUGUGCCGUGAAGGAUGCCAAAGAAGAUGGCAAACCGUUGGAAGAAAAUAUAGAGACAUCAACGAAAGCAACUGUGUUGGGACCCAAGACCCAUUCUCAAAUUCAAAACAGAAGCAAAAUUAAUGUGAACAAUAGAAAAAACUCAGGUUUUAGUCAAGAAACAAAUAAUAAACAGAUAAUUCAAAGCCAUAACAAAAAUAAAUUGCCAAAUCUGGAUCUGGGCCCCUGUUCUGGUACAGAUUACAACUCUAAUGAGAAGACUUUGAGCCCAGAUAGUGAGGAUUUCAUAGCACGUUGUGAUGAGAUUAUAAUGGGGAUGAACCCAUCUUCAUUGGAAGAGGGCAGCUCCUCAGCACCCAGUCGAGUCUCUCCAGGGGAGGAGGAUGAGGAUGAAUUUGAAAAAUAUUCAUUGGGAUCACCAUCAGUGGAGAGAGUAUCAUCUCCAUUGAGACCUGCCACAGCCUUUUCCAACUACUCUCCCAGGACUCAGGCACAACCAUUUACAGGGCCAUUCAUCAGUGUUGUGCUGUCAAAAUUAGAAAAUAUGCUUGAAAAUUCACUGCACGUAAACUUGUUGUUGAUUGGAAUAAUCACACAACUCGCCACGUACCCUCAGCCUCUCAUCCGCUCCUUCCUGCUUAACACAAACAUGGUUUUCCAGCCCAGUGUACGAUCUUUAUACCAGGUUCUGGCCUCUGUCAAACAUAAAAUUGAACAAUUUGCUACCCGAGAGCAGAAUUUUGCCAUGCUGCGUGCAGAUGCUCAGCAGUACCUGUAUACUCGCAUGAUCAUGCCUUGUCAGCCUAGUGACACACUAACCAAAGAUAAUGCACUGAUGAAUGUGGAGGAAAACAAAGGCCCUAUGAACGCAGCUUCCCAAACAGUACUACCGAAAAAUAAAGACCGGAAAGUAAAGACUCAACUUCUGCUUUCAGGAGUACCUGAACACACCAGGAAUGCUGUCCUUGCAACUGUUCUUUUCCCAGAAUUCUUAAAAGAACUUGCAGCACUGGCCCAAGAACAUUCCAUUUUAUAUUACAUAACCAGUGACUAUUUUAAGCACUAGUUUCUUUUGUUAUAUGGUGUUAAAAGCUUAUUUUUGAUGUAGAUUUUUCUAUGGGAUAGACUUGACUUUUUAUCUACUAGUUUUUACUGCACCAGCUUUUCUCAGUUUUGGAGUUAAAGUACCUAAUUGGAUACUUUGGGAGUUGGAAUUAUUUCAGUACCAAUAAAUGGUAUUUGAAUGAUCCCUAUAACAAAUUUCCCUACUAAUUUUACUCCACUGUAAACAGAUUAAGAAACACCAAACUAAUUUUCUUGAAGAGGGCUGUUAAUACUUCCUGUAAUACUUGAUAACAAAAAUAUAUUACAACCUGAAUGCUUUCCAUUAGAGGUGAGAGAGCCAGACAGUUUCCUUACGUGAUCCAUUGUGGAACCAUCUCCAGGACUGACUCGCCAAGCAAC